UAUAUACCUUACCUGUCAACAUUGGGUCUCUUAGCUUCUCUCAUCCUACCUCAGUACUUCUGUAACCACUUGCCUACAGGGCACUUCUACCCCCUUCCUGCCUACAGGGCACUUCUACCCCCUUCCUGCCUACCGGGCACUUCUACACCCUUCCUGCCUACCGGGCACUUCUACCCCCUUCCUGUCUACCGGGCACUUCUACCCCCUUCCUGCCUACCGGGCACUUCUACCUCCUUCCUGCCUACCGGGCACUUCUACCCCCUUCCUGCCUACCGGGCACUUCUACCUCCUUCCUGCCUACGGGGCACUUCUACCCCCUUCCUGCCUACCGGGCACUUCUACCCCCUUCCUGCCUACCGGGCACUUCUACCCCCUUCCUGCCUACAGGACACUUCUACC